AUCAAUUCACGAGGAAACACUCGGCGUUGUCCUCCUCACAAUCUGUCCUCCCAGAGACACUUUACAUGACAGUCUUCACAAUGGUUGUCCAUUGUUUGUUCAGUGAAAGAGAGAAACUAUUGUCGAAUUUAGCGCUUAUUUGUUUCAUCUGUUAACAUCACCAUCAGUGGCUCAUUUAGCUUAAUUGUCUGUAUUUUUUCGUCUUCAGAAAGGUGUCAAUUUUUACUCAUUGAUCUAUGUGCUGUGUAUUUUUCCGUUUAUACACCGUCUAAACAUUAUUUUGCAUCAUUUUGAGCUCACGCCGGAUUAAAGUUCACCAAGUGGCAAAGUCUGAGUCCUCAAGGUGGACUCAAAAGCUCACAUCCGUGGAGUGAAGCGAUAUAAAUCAUGUGAUUUUUUGUGCAAGUGCGCCCGUGUUCUUCAUACGAGUUCUUUUGUCUCGCCUUCCAUGGUGACAGUAUAGGUUUGUGUGAUGUUUUGACGAUCAUUGCCAGAGACGCCGGGUGUGAAGACCAUAACACAAGUAUAUAUAUAAAAAGCUCCUGUCGAGACAAACACAAAAUUACUACUCGCACUUUUUGUGUUCUUAUGCUCAAGUUUGCCCCGUCUCUGUCACAAACUCUUGGCGGCGUUGGAGCGCACGGAAAAAUCGAUACAAUCCACCUUCAGAGACAAACCAUAUAGCUAAAUAUCUCGCGGAGUGGGAAAAGUGAGUGUGUGUAAAAAUAAGUCUUUUAUCAUUCUGUAUUAUUGUGAUUGGUGGCAAGUAAAGUGGCUGACAUGGUAAUGUCUUUAUUCAAAUGAGCGACUGCUUCCUUGGUACUCCUCUUGGUCCGCUUGACAUUGAAAUUCCUAUGGGUUUUCGCACUCGCUCGCACUAUCCCGAAAAGUGAUUGUGUGCGUCUCUCUGCCACACAUCGCAUGGUUUUAUUGGAUAUGAAAUAACGCUAUCACCGAGUAUCAUCAUUUAUAAUUAUUCCCAGUGAAUAAUUCAUCCGCUUUUGGAUUCGGUCUGCGCUAUCAAUAAUCGCUUUGGACAAUGGAGCCGGUGGACGAUGAAGCUCCAAAAGAUCCCGGAGCCAGGCAAUAUGCGCAUCAAGGGUACACGGAGCAGGAUUUUGAAGGUCAUCGAGCACACACUGUCUUCGUGGGAGUUCAUUUGCCCGCCCGCGGAGGUCGAGGACGUCGACAUUCGCAUCGACGACACAAGGAGCACCACAGACGAGACGUCGGCGAAAAGGGAGUCGUGGAUAGGCCAGUGACUCCACCCUCCCAGAGAGUGCAAUUCAUCCUAGGCGAGGACAUUGACGAUGGCGGCACCCACGAGUCCCAUCCUCUGUUCUCGGAGAUGGAGGAGCUGGUGCGCGGCGAAGGAGAUGAGAUUGAGUGGAAGGAGACCGCCCGAUGGGUGAAGUUCGAGGAGGACGUGGAGCAGGGCGGCAACCGCUGGUCAAAGCCACACGUGGCCACGCUCUCCCUUCACUCGCUCUUCGAGCUGCGCAGCCUCUUGCUCAACGGCACGGUGAUGCUGGACAUGGAAGCCACCAAUCUCGACCAAGUGGCCGAUCUCGUGUGUGACAACAUGAUCAAUGCAGGCUCGCUGUCGCACGAGUCACGCGAGAAGGUGCGGGAGGCACUGCUGCGUCGCCAUCGGCAUCAGCAUGAGCGUGAUCCCAAGAAGAAGGACAACAUGAGCCGUCUGCCAAUUAUUCGCUCCCUCACGGAGAUUGGACGCAAUCAUUCCACAUCGAAGAACCUUCAAGCAUCAAAUUCCGAACACUCAUCCGUUCUCCUGAGUGUUCCAUCGCCGCGCGAAUAUCGUGCCAAAAGCGAUUCUGAAUUGAAUCCCAAGACAUCAUCGGGAUACCUGUCCAUUCCAACAGGGGAGGAAAUGGUCAAGAGUCCCAGCAAUAUUUCCAUGCAGCAUAACGGCAAUGGCGGUGAUCAUUCUGAUCAUAAGGCCAACACACAGUUCAUGCGGAAGAUUCCGCCUGGAUCGGAAGCCAGUAACAUCCUUGUUGGAGAGGUUGACUUCCUGGAUAAAACUCUGUCAGCCUUUAUUCGUCUGAGUCAGGCGACAAUUAUGGGUGAUCUCACCGAAGUACCCGUACCUACAAGAUUCAUGUUCAUCCUACUUGGUCCCCCGGGAAGUCAGGAGAAGUUCCACGAAAUCGGUCGAGCCAUGGCCACGCUCAUGUCCGAUGAAGUAUUUCACGAGGUGGCUUAUCGGGCCAGAAAGCGUGAUCAUUUGCUAGCUGGAAUAGAUGAAUUUCUAGACGCCGUGACGGUUUUACCACCGGGCGAGUGGGAUCCAACGAUCCGUAUUGAACCACCAGCGGCAAUUCCAUCUCAAGACACCCGUAAGCGUCCUCCGGCUGAGAAGCCUCCGAAGGAAAAGGAGGAACACGAUGAACAAGAAGAGGAAGCCAGACUCCGCGAAGAGUCCGGUCUGUCCCGCACUGGCAGACUCUUUGGUGGUCUCAUCAAUGACUUUAAGCGCAAGACUCCAUUCUAUGUGUCAGACUUCAAGGAUGCGCUAGCGCUCAAGUGCAUUUCCACCUGGAUAUUUCUCUACUUUGCCUGCCUCUCGCCAAUCAUAACGUUUGGAGGACUUCUUGGUGAAGCCACAGGCAAAAAUAUGGCGGCCAUGGAGUCUUUAGUGUCAGGUUUUGUCUGCGGAAUUGGCUAUGCUUUCUUCUCAGGACAACCCUUGACCAUACUCGGCUCCACUGGACCUGUUCUGGUCUUUGAAACAAUCGUCUACGAGUUCAGCAAAGCUGUUGAGUGGGAUUACAUGUCCUUCCGUCUGUGGAUCGGCACAUGGACUGCCUUAAUCCUGCUGAUCCUCGUUGCCGUAGAUGCCAGUGCAUUCGUCUGCUACAUCACGCGCUUCACGGAGGAAAACUUUGCCUGCCUCAUAGCGUUCAUCUUCAUCUUUAAAGCCGUUGAGAAUGUCCUAUCUAUCGGACGUAGGUUCCCGAUGCAUCCACCCGAAGUGUAUGAUUGUGUGUGUACACCGCCACUGGGUUCCAAUGAUCAUAUGCUCAAUUGGACCAAGUUCAGUCGGAAAAUGUGUGUUUCCCUCAACGGCACUCUCAUCGGGGAUGACUGCUUGAAGCCUGAUCACACAAAUGCCAACGUCUUUCCCAUGUCCUUCAUCUUGUUUAUGGGAACAUUCCUCUUGUCAAUUAUUCUCAAGGAUUUCAAGAAUGCUCUCUUCUUCCCAUCAAAAAUUCGUCACGUGAUAAGUGAUUUUGCGGUGCUCAUUGCAAUCUUCUCGAUGACUCUCACUGAUCUGCUCUUCGGAAUUCCCACGCCAAAGCUCGAAGUGCCCACGGAACUAAAACCAACUCUCGAUACUCGAGGGUGGUUCAUCUUCCCAUUCAAUGGGAAUCCAGUGUGGUCAUCGGUGGUUGCCAUUUUGCCAGCUCUGCUUGGCACCAUCUUGAUAUUCAUGGAUCAACAAAUAACGGCUGUGAUUGUAAAUAGGAAGGAACAUAAAUUGAAGAAGGGUUGUGGAUACCAUCUCGAUCUCUUCGUUCUAGCCAUUCUUAUCCAAAUUUGCUCCUUAAUGGGACUACCAUGGUUCGUUGCGGCCACAGUUUUGAGUAUCAAUCACGUCAAUUCUCUGAAAGUGGAGCCCGAGUGUUCAAUCCCGGGCGUCCGGUCGGCAGGUCAUUUGGGUGUUCUCGAACAACGUGGAACGCACCUAUUAAUCUUCCUCACCAUUGGCAUCUCAGUCCUGUUGACUCCUCUUCUCUCACACAUUCCAAUGCCAGUUCUCUUUGGCGUUUUCCUUUACAUGGGAGUCUCAUCACUCAAGGGUCUUCAGUUCUUCGACAGAAUCCUCAUCAUGCUGAUGCCAGUUAAAUACCAGCCUGACUACAUGUUUCUCAGACAAGUUCCCCUUCGACGAGUUCAUCUCUUUACUUGCAUCCAGUUGACAUGUCUCGCCGUGCUCUGGCUGAUAAAAUCCUUCCGAUACACAUCGAUCCUCUUCCCACUGAUGCUGGUCGUCAUGAUUGGGGUCCGCAAGGCUCUUGAUUGCAUCUUCACGCGUCGCGAAUUGAAGAUUCUCGACGAUAUCAUGCCAGAGAUCACGAAACGUGCCGCCGCCGAUGAUCUGCACCAUUUAGAGGAUGGAAAUGGUGCCGGAGAGGAAAAUAUCACCCCACACGACUAUUCCGAUCCCAACAUUCAAAUACCUUUGGCCAAUGGGAAUAUCAUGAAAAUUCCCAUUAGCUCAAUAAACAUAUCUGAGGAAGUGAGUAAGACGUCAAUUUGGAAGCAAGUGAAUGAUGGAACACGAAGUCUUAUUCCGUCAAAGAAGUUUAUAAGUUUGGGAUUGUCCGAUAAGAAGCACAAAGGCAUCAUUAGAGACUUGAGUCCGAAAGGAGAGAAAAGACUAUCCACCAUGGCUGAGGAGGACGAGCUGAAAAGGGCACACAGUAAGGAAAUUUGGACAGAAUGCAAAGCAAGUGAAAGAAUGGAGGAUAGUACCCCGGAAACUACUGUGUAGAACAGAUUCAUAUUUUAUUUCUCAUAUUUUCCAGUAUAAACAUAUAAUCAAUCUUAUGGAUGUAGAUUUUAAAAACAUACAUAUUUGCUGUGUAAUCAAAGGUUUUCUUAAAGGAGGCCAUUUUGUUUAAGAUUUUAGAACAAUUUCAAAAUGAAUAUGUACAUUUAGUUAUUUACUUACUCUAGUGGACUAUUAAUAUACAACUUUGUGUCAAUAAAUAGCCUCA